AUGGCCGGGGCCUCCUCUGAUCCAGAGGAUGCCAUCACCCAGGACGAGAUCCAAGGGACAGCUCCGGUCCCAAAGGCCCCGAGGAACGCCUUCACGGAGCUUAUGACCCGAAAGCGCAAACCCGAACCCGCAGUCGAGAACCCAAAAGCGUCGCGCGGGAGAUCGUACAAAGCCCGAGACGGUCUCGGCGUCUACAUCGACAAUUCAGCCUCUCACCCGCCCUCACGCGUGAUAUAUCACAAUGACGACUUCGUCGCGAUCAACGAUCUCUAUCCCAAGGCCAGCGUUCACACCCUCCUGCUUCCCCGAUCACCGGCGCACAAUCUCCUCCACCCCUUCGAAGCGUUUGACGACGUCGAAUUUCUCGCGUCUGUACAAGCAGAAGUCCUCAAGCUGAAGGAGCUGGUGGCCAAGGAGCUGCAGCGGCGAUUCGGGAAAGACAGCAAAGCCGAGGCGGCGCGUGAGGCCGUCCUGAAUGGCGUCGUCGAGCCUGAGGGCGAUGAGUUGCCUCAAGGCCGUGACUGGCAAGCUGAGGUCAUCACGGGAGUGCACGCACAUCCCAGCAUGAACCAUCUCCACGUCCAUGUCCUCUCACGCGACAUGUACUCGGAUUGCUUGAAGCACCGCAAGCACUACAAUUCCUUCAACACUCCCUUCCUAAUCGACGUUACCGAUUUCCCGCUACCACCCGACCACCCUGGUCGCGCGGGAGACCUCUUGAAGAGGGACUUUACGUGCUGGAGGUGCGGUCAAAACUUUGGGAACCAAUUCGCAAGACUCAAGGAGCAUCUCGCCGUCGAGUUUGCCGAAUGGAAAAAGGAAUGA